AUGGUCCGCAUGGCUGAGCGGCUUGCCGAGAACUUCAUUCCGGAGACUCAGCGGAACGAAAGCGAACCAAGUCACAGUAGGUACAGGUGAUUGCCUCUGGCAGGAUGUUGAAAACGGAAAGAGCAAUUUCAGGUCACGAGGAGCAUUGGACAGAUCUCGACUCAACUCGAGAGCAUCACUGGGCUCAUCGUUAGGAAGAAGAAUUACGCUAGGUUAGUCGGAAAGAUUGUGUCAAACUCAGGAGAUACGGUUGCAGUGGAGACGGACAGCGGUGUCAUCGAAGUGGAGAGCGACAAGCAGUUUCUGGACGCAUUCAAAGAUGCGAACAUGGACGCGGUGCAUCAUUUGAAUGCCACCAAUCCAGUGACCAGGGGUCUCUGGUGUCUCAUUAUUAUAGUCUUUGUGAUUCUCGUCCUCGUACAAUGCUAUUCGCAAAUCAAAUUGUAUCUGAGCGAGCCAGUGGCAACGAACAUUGAAGCCGAGUAUCCGAGCAAGAUUCCCUUUCCGACGGUCGCCAUUUGCAACAAUAAUCAGUUCAGGUACUUUCUCACUCUAAACAAAACUAUUGUCAUUCUCAGAUUAACAUAUUUGACGGGCGGUCGCAUAAUGAAUCGUCGUUCGAAGUCGAUCAGCGGGUCCCUUUUGUCUACAGGUCACGACAUUCAAUCGGUUUUCGAUACAGUACUCCGCAAGUCUUGGGAUAUGGACGCCGUCAAGUUUUUGAGAAGUGCAGCUCAUUGGAAGAGUAGGAUGAUACUAGGGUGAGUUAGGUGAGCAGAAGGGGAAAGAAGAAAAGGAAGCAUUUCAGAUGCACUUGGCCGAAUGGUACCGCCUGCAAACUGUCCGAUUUCAAGGCAGUCUGGACGACAACGGGCCUCUGUUGGGCCAUAAACACGGACCCUCAGAACCCGUUCGAAGUGACCGGAUCUGGAGCCGGCCACGGACUCCGUCUGCUUCUGAACGUGGAGAGCUACGAGAGAGUGGAUGCGUGCACGAAGCACUUCAGAACGAAAAGUCUGCCCGGAUUGAAGAUUCUGAUCUACAACCAAACGGAUAUUCCGGAGAGCAGUCAGAACGGAGUGAACGUUCCUUCCGGAUACUCAAUGGACAUCCCGUUCAAAAUGCAACAUGUGAGCUUCUAACAGAUACGUUUUUAUCCAAGAAAUUCCAGCGUUCGAAACUGUCUGGAAUCCAUUGCCUCGAAGAGAACGACGAGCAGAUCGAAGCGAGUACGGACUUUAACAAUCCGGACAAUAUCAGAACGUGCACUCUGCGAAGGUACAUGACAGAAGUGGAGGAAUCGUGUCAUUGCACUUUGCGAAGGGCGUUCACUUCCAACGCGACGGACGUCAAAAUGAGUGCCUGCAACGUGGAUCAGUACUUUGGAUGUGCUCAAGCGGCAAUGAAAAGAGUGCGGGAAGAGGGAACUGCGAGCACGUGUCUUCCGCCGUGCAAGUCCAUUGAUUAUACCGCCUGGCAGGUAAGCAAUCCCUCCUUUCUCUUCGACUUCUCAUUUUCAUUGUUCAGGACAUGAACCGUCUGCCUCAAAAUCUGAUGCCAGCGCUGAUCGAAGAACAGGAAGAGGACGACGAGGAUGACGUGGAGCAGGAGGAACUCGAUGAGAAUGUCUCUUUUUCGGACGUCUCGGGCGGAGAGACGUUCUCGUGUGAGGACAGCGCCUAUUUGGAUGAGAAGCAAGUGAUGCGAAUCAAGCGAGAUGCUCACAGAGCGUACGAAAUGCAGGCCAGACAUCAGGAGGACAUAUUUCUCAGGUCGAGGAGGCUGAUUGCCCGGUUGAGGAAUGCCAUUCACUCGUGAGUUUCAUGCUCAUUGCGCAUAAUCAGUGGGUCCUUCAGAAUCGAGCGACUGAAGUGGGGCUGGCACGCGGACACCUUCCUCGGAGUGGCCGACCGUCUCUCCAACCUCACUUGCUUCGCCAACUUCAGCGAACGCCACGAGGACAUCAUCAGUAUUCUGGAGUCUCGGCCGGCUUCCAGUGAGGAGAAGAAGGCGAAUCAGAUGUUCUUCGUGAGUAGAAGGCGGCGGAUGAGCUUGCUAAACACGUUUCCAUUUCUAGUUGCUCGAUGAGAACGCUUUCAACAGAAAUAGGACGAGAUUCCUUUCGGUUGGAGAUCUGAAAUCCAAAUAUGGAGACAAAGUUGAUGAUGUGGCAGAGGAAAUCGCCAUUAUUCUGAGAAUUGUGAGAGCUUUACCCAUAUUUAGAUAGAAACAAGCGCGUUUUGAGAUGGAGAAGCUGUGGCACGUGUUCAUGCCGGAUUCUUACCUGAAAUCCAUAUCGGGAGACUUUUCGAGAAUGGACAGAAUCAUGGAAUUGAUGAAUCAGUACGAGCUGAACAAGUUGCAGAGAAGGGCGUGGGCGGAGAAAAUGCAGUCGAGACAGAUGAAACAUUUCUUCGAGGACGACUUCUACGAGGCACGAGAAAAGGACUGAUUUCUUCUAUUCAAAUCCUGUUUUUCAGUCGUAUUAUCAGCCACUGAUGAAGGAUCUCGAUGCGACUCUCGUCAAGCAAAUUGACGAAGUUGAGGCCGAUUGGCCCAAAGUCGAGUAUUAUUUGCAACGUGGAAGCGCUGGGAAAACGGGAGCGAUAAUGUUUUUCGGUGACGGAAAGAAAGAAAAUCAGCAAAAGUUCGAGAAAUUGAUAGUCGAAAUGCAUGAAUGUGCAUCGGGGAAACUGAGGAAAGAAGCAGGGAGGAUGCUGAACAGCUUCAAAAGAAGUUAUCGGGAACUGCAGGCGGCCUACGGAAAACUAUUCAAAGAGGAGCUCCCGGAUUAUUUGGAGAACUUCCAGUUCGGAAACAAAUUUGUCAGCGACAACUUCGCAAUGGUCAACAUUUUCCUGCACAAGAUGAAUCUAGAGGUUUGGAGUCAGGACAGAACGUACGGAUUCUGGAGUCUUGCUUGUGAUAUUGGUGGAGCGCUCGGAUUGUUCCUCGGAGCAUCUCUGCUCACGAUUAUCGAGAUUGUGUACCUGUGUAUUCAAUAUGGAUUGUGCGGAAAACGCGCGAGAAACUUCAAGUGCCUUCCAAUGUGAGUUUUGCCUAAAAUUUAUGAAAAUGUAUAAAUAGUUCAUUAUUCAGGGAUGCGGUGACUAGACAAGUGAAGAAAGUGGCGACUUGUUCAGAGUGUUGUCGGAAACAGAAGAAGUCAAGGGAACCGAUUUAUAAAAAGAAGAGUCAAAGCUACCAGAGAAGGUAUUCAUUCUCGACACCCUCUUCGCAAUAAAUUACAAACAGCAGAUUUACGAACGAGGAUGAAGAACAAGCGGAGAGGAACCGCUCAAGAACUUCCAGUGAGGAUUCCAAAAUGAAGAAAUCCAUCUGGACACACAUGGGAGACGCCUCGGCUAAUUCUACAAUGACUCCAGCAGAAAUCAAAGACUUUCUUGAUCAAGUUCAGCGACAUUCUCAGCCACCUGGAUACAGUGAACAACAUCUCCAUCCAGGUUAG